GUCAGUGAUUGUUGUGUUUACGUUCGAGUUAGGACUGACGUGUAAUUUUAGCAAAUUUUGCGGCUGUUUUAUUACAAAUCUACAAUUCUUAGUAGCGAUAUCAUUAUUAGAAAGUGUCAUUAAUUAUUGUGCACAAUGUUGAAGGCUGUGAUACUUAUUGGCGGGCCUCAAAAAGGGACGCGCUUCCGUCCACUAUCCCUCGACACUCCAAAGCCCUUAUUCCCCAUCGCUGGUUUACCGUUAAUCCAGCACCACAUCGCAGCAUGUGCCAAGCUGGAGGAGUGCAAAGAGAUCCUUAUCAUCGGUUCUUAUACUACGAACACUAUGACACAAUUUGUGUCUGAUAUGCAGAAGGAAUAUCACGUUAUCAUUCGGUACCUACAAGAGUUCGCUCCACUUGGUACUGGUGGAUGUUUAUACCACUUCAGAGAUCAAGUCAGAGCGGGGAAUCCGUCUGCUUUCUUCCUGCUGAACGGAGAUGUCUGCGCAGACUUCCCACUGAAGCAGUUAUGGGGUUUCCAUGCAGAGAGAAGUGAAGCAUUGGUUACAAUAAUGGGCACAGAAGCAACCCGACAGCAGUCGAUCCACUACGGUUGCAUGGUCCGAGACCCAGCCACCAAAGCGGUGAACCAUUACGUGGAGAAACCGAACAGCUACGUGUCAACGUUGAUCAACUGCGGGGUGUAUGUGUGUUCGCUGCAAGUCUUCCACACUAUGGCGGAGGCUUUUGAGAAGAAACAGAAUGGAUAUUAUAGUGGAAAUGGACAAAACGGUCAUCCAGGAUACAUGUCGUGGGAACAAGACGUCUUAGCGCAGUUGGCUGGCACCAAUAAACUGUAUGCUAUGCAGGUGACUAACUGGUGGUCGCAAGUAAAAACAGCAGGCUCGGCGAUAUACGCGAACAGACAUUACCUGGAGUUACACAGAAACGCCCGCGACAACAGUGCCGCGUCCUGCCAGAUACUGCCCGAUUUACACAAGAAUGGCCGCGACAACAGUGCCGCGUCCUGCCAUAUACUGCCCGAUGUGUUCCUACAUCCAACGGCUGUUGUGGACUCCACUGCUGUGAUCGGCCCAAACGUUUCUAUCGGCGCGGGAGUGACGGUCAAAGCGGGCGUCCGAAUCAAGGAGUCGAUAGUUCUCAACAACGCCACCAUCAACGAACACGCGCUGGUUAUGUAUUCAGUCGUGGGCCAGGAAGCAGUAGUGGGUGAAUGGUCUCGCGUGGAAGGCACUCCCUCCGAUCCUGAUCCCAACAAACCUUUCGCGAAGAUGGACAACACGCCGCUAUUCAAUACUGAUGGGAGACUCAAUCCUUCUAUCACCAUUCUUGGCGCAGGAGUUGUGGUCCCGGCCGAGACGAUCCUGCUCAACUCCAUAGUACUACCACACAAGCAUCUGACCAGGAGCUUCAAGCACGAAAUCAUUUUAUAGUAUCUCCAAAAUAUAACAUACCAAGUAGAAAUACCAAAAAGUUUGUAUAUGACUGGG